GACUGCGCGGACUCAACACAAGGGCCCUCAGUGCCUCCAGGCUGGCCCUGUGCUCCUGGCCCUGACCGCUUCCCCAGGAUUGAGCUGGGGGUGCCACUGGGCCCAAGCAAGAAGGUGUGGGAUCUCCUCUCCAAAGGGAAGCAGCUCCUCAGGAAACUGGGCUCUGGGAAGAAGGACAUCAAGCAGCGCCUUCGCAGUGGCUCAGCCAGCCCCAUGGAACUGCUGUCCUACUUCAAGCAGCCAGUGGCAGGCACCAGGACAGCGGUGAGGGCUGCUGACUACCUGCACGUGGCCCUAGGCCUGCUGGAGAGGAAGCUGCGGUCCCUGUGGCCAGGCCCCUUCAACGUCACAGAUGUGCUGACGCCUGUCCAGCUUAAUCUGCUGUCCAAGACUAGUGGCUGCGCCUACCAGGACCUGGCGGUGAGGUGCCCCGAGAAGGACAAGUACCGAACCAUCACCGGCCAGUGCAACAACAGGUGCAGCCUCUGCGCAACGACUCAGGGUGGGGUCCCAGCAGCCCGGGGCCACCUGGUCCCAGCGCCCUGUCCUCUCUCACCACCUCCCUGCAGGCGCAGCCCCACACUGGGGGCCUCCAACCGGGCCUUUGUGCGCUGGCUGCCAGCGGAGUACGAGGAUGGCUUCUCCCUGCCUUUUGGCUGGACGCCAGGGGUCAAGCGCAAUGGCUUCCAGGUGCCCCUGGUGAGUGCUGGCCCGUGGAGGGGGCGAGACCCCACUGAGGCCGAGACCUCGUGGAGUCCAAGCCCCCUGACUCCCCGUGUCCCGCAGACUCGCGCUGUCUCCAACGACAUCGUG